GGCGUCAUUAAAGCUGGACAAAACACGGUAACAACAACAUUGUGUAACUGUCCGCACACACUUGAAACAAAGUCACGUUGUUUGGUAGUUCUGUUAAAAACAAGCGGCAUGUCUCUUCUGCGGUUGUGUGCUUCCACAGCCAAACACUUCGCGCCCAAGCGGCUCCUCGGCGACUCUCUCUUUACAGGAUGUGCCCGGACGGCCAGCGGGGCCGCGAAGGACCAGGAGCCGCUGAGGAAAGCUAAGACCCCGCAGGGCCGCUUUGACAUGACCGAGGAGAAGAGCAAGGACGUCUUGGAAAAAUUCCCUGAUGAUGUGAACCCUGAAACUAAGGAGAAAGGGGGCCCCAGGGGUCCGGAGCCCACACGCUAUGGAGACUGGGAGAGGAAGGGCCGCUGUAUAGACUUCUAGUUGAUUGUCUAUGUGUCUGCUUGAUCGCUGCUGCAUGGCGGAGAUGGGUUUGUCGGUGGUUAAGGUGACAGGGCGGGUGCGUGACAUGCUGCAUCCACAUUAACAGAAGUACAGACUGCUGCUCAUUGUGAUACAUAUUUACCAUACAGGAAAAUAUUUUAGAGGUGUAACAGCUUCAACACCUUUGUCCUACCUAUUUGAUUGUGUUAGCAUAAAUAUUAGGACGUUAUCUUAUAAAUUAAAUGGUUAUAAAGCAAAAGCAGUUGUAGUUUGCCAUUAUUUCCCUUAAUGCCACUUUAUCUUGUGAGUAACUUAAAGUGCAUCUUGACUGCUUCAGAGGAGUCAGACAGAGCAUUACCCAGUCACACUGUAAAUUAUUUUGUUUUAGUUAAAUCUCAACAGCGAUCACUCAUAUUUGUUGGAAGACAUAUUUUGCACAUUGGUGAUGUUUUGUUUUAUGUGAGUGAAUGCUGGUCAUGCCAGGUCAUUCCAUCUUGUACAAAAGUCUGAAUGUCUUGAUCAAUAAAAAGCAAGAUUAUUAUAUCUGCAAGUCAACUGA